UUGAACAGGUCGAAAUGUUGUGUAUGUAGCACCAAUGCCGAUACUUCGGGGUUCAAGAUGAAGUAUGGUUGCUAGCUUCUUCUAGUGUCUAUUUCGAGCCCUAAGUCAUCUGAUCUACUUUCUACCCAAAAAAAUGUCAUCUGAUCCACUAGGGAGUAGCUUUGAUCCGUUUUCAUCCCAAUCGGUUCUAUCCUUUCUGAUUCAUCCAUUUUCGUGAGGUCCGGCUAGUUAACGUGGUCCCUGCUACUGAGGGAUAGGAGCAGAAAACAUGUAUCGAAAGAAAGAGCCUUGCAGAAACUUUCAGCGAGGCAGCUGUCAAUAUGGUGAACGGUGCAAGUUUCUCCAUGUGACUCAACAACAACCGAAGCCAAAUCCCUUUGGAUUCGGCACUGGGUCACAAUAUAACACAAAUCAAUCACAACAAAAACCUAACCCAUUCGGAUUUGGAGUACAAAGCAGUUCACAGUCAAAAGGGGCCUUUGAUUUUAGUGCCAAAAACCAGAAUCAGUUUAAGCCAUUUGAAAAUAAGUGGGUGCGUUCCUCUACUUUGCCCCUUUCCUCAUCUCGGCAAGCUGACAAUCAGGCUCAGGUUCCUCCUCAUAAAUGCACAGAUCCUGAAUCAUGCAAACAGCAAAUUGUUGAAGAUUUUGAGCAUGAAAGACCACUUUGGAACCUUACUUGCUAUGGCCACUGUAAAUAUCACCCAUGUGAUAUUGUUGGUGAUAUUAGCUAUGAAGAAUUGCGGGCAGCAGCAUAUGAUGGAGCAAAGAAUAAAAUGAGCUUGGAGUCCAUUGUUCAAAGAGAAAGGAGUUUACUCAAUUCAAAGUUAAUUGAAUUUGAGAACUUACUAAGAAAUCCAUAUGUUAAACCCAAUUCUGUUCCUUCUGGGCCAAGCCCAUUUCCUGGGACCAAUUCCAAUGUAUCCCCAGUGGCUGUUCCAAAUAAUAUGCCUCCUUCAAUGUCUAGUUUUAGUCAACUGGGAACAUCACUUAAUCUGGGAUCUGGUACUGGUGCCUCUAUGUCAUUAGAUAAUCCUUUUAUUCAAGCAAGUUCUUUCCAAAAUUCAGGCCAGACUUCAAGUGGAUUGGGUGUUAACAUCUCAACAUUUAGAAAUGAAGGUACUACAGGAUCAUUAUGGAGCCAACAACCUGUACAGCCACUUGGAAGUGCCUCUAAAUUUAACAUUUCAAACUCAAACAACAAUUUCACGGGUACUAUAAGCAGCCAAUUUUCUACUUCCUCGGCAGUGUCAGCACAGCUUCCCAGUUCAACUAACUGGGAUAGCAAUAAAACAGCUAUUAAUAAGAAUGCAAGUAUUUGGCAAGAGGAAUGGAAUCCAGGAGAGAUUCCAGAAGAAGCACCUCCAGAUGAAUUUUUAUAGGAUGGUUACUGUUAGGAUGAAGCCAGCCAGUUGUACAGGAAGAGGGUAAGGUCCUAGCUGGCUUGUACUUUAUUGGAUGCUUGGUCUUUCUGUUGGCAAUGGUUCUCCAUUUGGUCAUAAAGGUCUCGCACUUAUAUGUAUCAACUCUGGAGGGGUGGAAUCAAGGGGGCAAGAGAAUCUUAUGGCUGGACAUCAAUGGUAAAUCAAAGCUGACUUAUUGGCAAGGCCUAUUGCACACCUUUGGGUUCAUUGAAGAACAAUCUCUUGUUGGCUUUUUAUUGUUCCGACCUUUCAACCUGAUGCUUAGAAAUGUAGGUCAAUUAUUUCUAAUAAAGUAUUAAAAUAUUAUUAUCAUUAUCAUCA